AGCAGUAGAUGACACUCAUGUACCAGCUGCGGGAAGUAUAAGUCAGGUAUUAGCCAGCCCCCCGUGUUUUAGUGUACGAGUAUAUAGACAAGAAAGGUGACCACCAUGCACCUCAUCUUACCUCUAUUGUUGUGCCUGGUGGGGGUGAGCACCGUGCUAAGUAGAAGACGUAGAAGCAAUGGCUACAUGUACGCUCCCCAGCAGCUAUCUGACGCCACACACCUUCUCCCGGCCCAAUGGUUCACUCAGAUCCUCGACCAUUCCGAGCCUGCCGACACACGAACAUGGCAACAGAGAUAUUUUACCAAUGACUCUUUCUAUGAGCCUGGUGGUCCUGUCUUCCUUAUGAUUGGUGGAGAAGGACCAGCUGACCCUAUAUGGAUGGUGGAGCCUUACUGGGUCACCUACGCCCAAGGUCUAAAUGCCUAUAUGUUGUUCCUUGAGCACCGAUACUAUGGCAUGAGUCAUCCUACUGAGGAUGCUUCGGUAGACAACCUGGCUUAUCUUAGCACUGAACAAGCUCUAGGAGACUUGGCAAAUUUUGUUGUGAGCAUGAAGGAAAGUCUUGGUUUUGAGGGCAAUAAGUGGAUAGCUUUUGGUGGAUCAUAUCCAGGAGCGCUGGCUGUAUGGUUCCGUCUCAAGUAUCCGCACCUGGUACAUGGGAGUGUUGCUACAAGUGCUCCUGUUGAGGCGGUGAUUAACUUCAAGGAGUACCUGGAGGUGGUCCGCGACUCUCUGGCCACUGUGAGUGAAGACUGUAACACACAGAUAAAAGAAGCUCACCAGCAGCUGGACCUGUUGCUGCUGGACCAGACAGGCUGGGACACCAUCACCACAGAGUUCAGGUAA